AUGAGAAGCCUCCAUUUCAGAGUCACUGUCAUAGUUCUAGGUCUUUGUUUUCCUGGGACAAUGGCAAAUCCAGCAGGGAACAGCGGCGGUCCUGUCGAUUCUGGGUGCCAAGGCAAUGAACACCUUCAGACCAAUGGUUCCUUCCCUGGAGAACACGAGGGAUUGCAAGCAACAGCCACAGUCGAUGCCAGUUUCAAUUUCUUCAGAGUUCUCUUACGUUCUCACAUGAAACAAGAAGAGUGGAAAAUCAAACACCUGGACCUCAGUAACAGUCUCAUAUCAGACAUGACCUUAAGCUCUCUCCAGUAUGCACCUGCUCUGGAAAUACUAAACCUCAGCAACAAUGCCAUCUGUUCCAUCUCAUUGGAUGCGCCCAGUCUUGCAUCCUCACAGUUGACACGCCACAGAAGCAGCUUCAGAGAUGGACUUCCAUUUCUAAAGGUGCUAAUUCUUCAACAAAAUCAGCUUAGUGACACCCCCAAGGGAUUAUGGAAAUUGAAGUCACUGCAGAGUCUGGAUCUUUCAUUCAACAGGAUAUUGCAAAUUGGGUUUUCUGAUUUCCACAACUGCCUGCAAUUGAAGAACCUCUAUUUAAAGAGCAACAAGAUAUUCAAAAUACAUCCUGAUGCCUUCAAGGACGUAAAAAACCUACAGGUCUUAGACCUCAGCAACAACGCUCUGACCGCUAUCCUUCCCAUGAUGGUCAUGGCUCUGGAACUCCCCCAGCUGAAUGCUGACUUGGCUAAUAACCUGUGGCAGUGUGAUCAGAGUGUGACCCUCUUCCAAAAUUCCCUCUCCGAAUCCUGGAGGGCAAAGUGGGGUGUGAUCUGCAACAAAUCUACAGGAACUGAGGAGGCACCUGAGGAGACGCCUCAAGGCCGGACUUCCACGGCGCUGCUCCUUCCUCCCACGGAACUCCAUCACGUGGAACACCAACAAGGGCGCCAAGCGGAGCAGCGACGAACCGGCAUGCCUCGUCCCACUCCCGGCAGGCAUGCGCACCAGAGCUCUGGCGUCAGCGAGGAGCGGAAAUGGCCGCCCAGAAGGGUUAGGGCUGCCCGGGACGUGCAGGCCUCUGACAGACAGGAGGAGAACGAGGAGCACCAGGACCUGGUCCUGGCCGUGUGCCUGUCGGUGUUCAUCACGUUUGUCGUGGCUUUCUGUCUGGGGGCCCUCACGAGGCCCUAUGUUGACAAACUGUGGCUACACGCAUGCCGGAACAGGAGCCCUGGCCCAGCCAGUACCUACACGAAUGAGGGUUUCUAUGAUGACGCAGUGGCUGCCAGGGACAUAGAGCAGCACUCCAGGACGGAGCAGCAGCAAUCGGUUCACAAUCCAAACCUCUAUGAGAACCAGGAAGAUUUCUUGGAGACACAGCCAAACACAUACCUCACCGUCCUUCCUGACAGAACCCUGGGGAGGAGCAACUGGCGGAGCUCAGAACCACAUGGGGAUAGCAACACCGGGGCCGGAAAUACAUAUGACAGGGUGCUUCUGACUGGCAGUGUCUCCCGGGACGUCAAUCAGCAAGUCACCUCAGGAGCACCACAGCCCGUCUACGCGAAUGAUUUUCCUGGGGAUUUCAACCAUGAAAGUGUGGCCCAGGAGUGUCUGCCCACGGGGCGCUCGGUGGGCAAUGCUUCAGUAGCUGGCACGCCACAAAUGCUGUCCAGCUCCACUCACGAUGUGAAUGGAUCAGGCCAACCACUCUCAAAAGAAAAGCCAGUUACUGCCUCUCAAAUGCUCACACACACCAAUGCCCAGAGGACUGCGGAGAAUCACGAGAGGGGAAGUACUGAACAGUUACCUUCAGGAAUCCCAGGCUUUCCAGUGGAAUUCUCUAAGGAAACGCAACUGAGCUCUGACAGGAACUGGCUGAGCACACAGCAGAUCCCGGUUGCAGAGGCUGGUGCCAAAGCAGAUCUUUCACUCUAUUACAGUGGGGUCACCCACAGUGACCCAGAAGGCACAGACCCUCCCGACUUUCCUCCAAGAUGGGGCUGUGGCGAGGGUGUCACUCCUGCCAAUGAGGAGCCAUUGCAGAAAUAUGCUCAUUUUGACCCUCAGUACAAGUUAGAAAGUGACUACGACUCUGAUGAAGGGUCUUUGUUCACUCUCAGUUCAACAAGCUCAGAAGGCGCAAGAGAUGUGGCUGAAGAGGAAACCCCUGGGGAGGAAUGCUGUGGGGUCAGUGGGCCCCUGCAGGACAAGAGCUCAGGAGUUAGCAGGGAAAAUAUUACAUCAGAAGGAAGUCUUGAGGAUGCCACCACCUCCCAAAAGUUUCUGAGGAACUAUGAGAAUCACAAAGAUCAUUUCGAAAAACUUCCGAUUUCCUGUCCAGACUCUGGUUUGGGUAACAUUCAUCUGGAAAGUGUCUCUGAUACCCAUAGAUUUGAAAAUCCACUAGCGUUGCCCAGCUCGCUGGGUGGCAGUCCUGUGAGUGGUGAGGUUUCAAGUACAGUCCAUUAUGGUUAUGACAUAGCUCCUCAGCCUGAGGCAGUAGAGUGGCAUUACUCACUUAAAGACCUCAUAUUUUCAAAUGCUGGAGUUCCCUCAGAUCCUGAGCAGGGUGACUACCAUGAAAUAGACAAAAAGGAGAAUAUGAAACUUUCUUUCAGGGAGUAG